GCGCCUCGCAGAUGUCCGCGUCCGACUUCUCUUAGACCCACGAGGCAGAGUCCACGCCCUGCGUGGGUUGGCCCAGGCACGCCUAACUGUGAACUUUGGUGUCAGUUACCCUAGUUUUUCCAGAUCAUUAAGUGUUCAGGAAAUGAGUCUCUAGAUGCCAACUCUUUAGCAUCCUGGUGCCCGAACGCAGUUGGACCCAGGAGUCCAGAGUCUUCCCAGCCUGGGGAACCUCCUUUCUCUAUCCAUGGGCUUGGAGACCUGUUGAGAGCUAAAUACCAGUGAGGAUAAAGGUUCACUGAUGGCUCAGUUGGGAGCAGUUGUGGCUGUGGCUACCAGUUUCUUUUGUGCAGCUCUCUUCUCAGCUGUGCACAAGAUAGAAGAGGGACAUAUUGGGGUAUAUUACAGAGGUGGUGCCCUGCUGACUUCUACCAGUGGCCCUGGUUUCCAUCUCAUGCUCCCUUUCAUCACAUCAUAUAAGUCUGUGCAGACCACGCUGCAGACCGAUGAGGUGAAGAAUGUACCUUGUGGGACUAGUGGUGGUGUGAUGAUCUACUUUGACAGAAUUGAAGUGGUGAACUUCCUGGUCCCCAGUGCAGUGUAUGACAUAGUGAAGAACUACACUGCCGACUACGACAAGGCCCUCAUCUUCAACAAGAUCCACCACGAACUGAACCAGUUCUGCAGUGUGCAUACACUUCAGGAGGUCUACAUUGAGCUCUUCGAUCAGAUUGAUGAAAAUCUCAAACUGGCUUUGCAGCAGGACCUAACUUCCAUGGCCCCUGGGCUUGUCAUACAAGCUGUGCGGGUGACAAAGCCCAAUAUACCUGAGGCGAUCCGCAGAAACUACGAGUUGAUGGAAAGCGAAAAGACAAAGCUUCUCAUUGCUGCCCAGAAACAGAAGGUGGUGGAAAAAGAAGCUGAGACAGAACGGAAGAAGGCUCUCAUUGAGGCAGAAAAAGUGGCUCAGGUUGCAGAAAUCACCUAUGGACAGAAGGUGAUGGAGAAGGAGACUGAGAAGAAGAUUUCAGAAAUUGAAGAUGCUGCGUUUCUGGCCCGGGAGAAGGCGAAGGCUGAUGCUGAGUGCUAUACAGCUAUGAAGAUGGCCGAAGCUAAUAAGCUGAAGCUAACCCCUGAAUAUCUGCAGCUGAUGAAGUACAAGGCCAUUGCUUCCAACAGCAAGAUUUACUUUGGCAAAGACAUCCCUAACAUGUUCGUGGACUCUGCAGGCAGUCUGGGCAAGCAGUUUGAGGGGCUAGCUGACAAGCUGAAUUUUGGCUUAGAAGAUGAACUCUUAGAGGCAGACACCGAGGAGAAUUGAAACAAAAUUUUUAUACAACCUCAGAUGAAUAUGACACUUAAAGAGAACUUUAUUUUUUAAUGAUGAACUAGGAUGCCCCUCCCUCUCACACUACCUUCUUUGACUGUCUUCCACAUCCUGUGGUGAAAAAAGGAGAAAUGGACUUAAAUCUAUUCCCCUGGGAAGGGAGGGCAGGGAUUGAUGAUUUGGGGUUUUAUUCAGGUAAGUAGGUUAUGUGAUUUCUGUUAAGAUUUGUAAACCAUGGGUUUGACCGUUGACCUCCAGACACUAAUUAGUGUCCUUUGAAGUUGGCUUAAUUAAGGAUGCUAUCAUUAAGGAGCAAGGGAAAUAGAAGGUAUUGCCUAUAGGUGAUUUGAUUUCCCUUAUUUGGGAACACACGGUCCAGAUUUCUCACCCCUGCCUCGGAGGUGGGAGAUGCCUGUGGGUGAGGCUCACAACUGAGCAAACGUGCUUGUAAGUUUGCCAGGAGAGCCGUGGGGAAGCAGGCGCAGGGCAGCUUUCUGGUGGUUUUGUCAGUGCAUACCUGAGUUAUUUUAGAGGCGCGCUUCUUGAGCCCUCAUAAGGAAGAACCAGUGCUAGAUUUUGCUAGCCUUUCUCUACACACUGUCCUCCUUGCCCUACGGCUUAAAGUGGUGGUUUCUGACUGCAUUGCCAGAUUCAGGGCUUGGUCCUCACCACAAUUCUUUUUAAAACUUUUCACCUAUUCUGUGA